AUGCGAACUCUCACUCCCUGUGGAGGAAAGCUUGUUUUUUCAAGCUUUGUACUCACUAUCUCUUCAAAAAACGAAGUAACUUACUUUCUUAAGGGAUCUAUCCCCGAGGGUUUAAAUCAGCCUACAGUUCAAUCAACUAUCUAUUUUGGAUUUUCUUCUUAUGCUUCUAGCGAAUCUAGAGUGACGUGUUAUGAUUCUUCACAUGAACGCGGAAAUAACGAAUCAUGUAUAAUCGAUAGUGGGUCAAUCACAUUUCAUCUUUUAUCUGAUUAUGCUGGUGACGCACGGGAGACAUGGGAAAAAAAUCCUACACUCGCAACAAAUUAUCUUAAAGUGAGUUUUUAUCUAUGGAGUCAAAAUUCAGUCAUCCAAGGUUGUGUCCUUGGUUCACCCAUUGGUUCAAUCCCCCUAACUUCAGAAUUCCAAAUCGCAUAUAACGCUCUGUUCCUUUCUGGGGUGAUUGUUGGACUAAUCAGCAGCUUCGUCAGCUUCACGCUAAUAAAAGGCAUCAAUACAUCAACAACAAAUUCCAAAAGCCUUGAAUCAUCCGACCGUGAGAAAUCGACUGUUAGUCAACCGCCUUCAGUAUAUGAUAUCUUUCGUGCGGCUCAAUUUUUUGUAACUACCGCUCUGCUUUCUUUAACUCACCUUCCAGAUAAUUACAGAAAUUUAAUAUCAAAAUUGAGUUGGACAAUUGGUUUGCCCAGUUUUAGCGAAUCCCUAUCGAAUAUUGCAGAUGACCAGAUACGAAAAGAAAUAUGUGAUAUGUCAAAUCCACCCUCAUCUGGAUUUAUAACUUCUGGGAGAAUAAUGAAUAUUCCGGGAUACAAUUCACUUUUUUGCGUGAUUGUUCAAUUCAGCAUUGUAUUAGCGAUUGCGCUUGUUAUCACAUUACUCCUUGGGUUGUUUUCACGGUUGUGGAAAUCCUUACAGAAAAAAUGGUCCAUCGUGAAAACAAUAGCGAACAAUAUUCACUUGUUAGUACUUGGUGGAAUGUUUCGUGUGGAUUUAUCGCAUGAUCGGGACGCAUUUAACACGCCAGUUCACACAUUCAUUUAUGGAGCGCUCUAUACUCAAUAUCGAGAUCAUUCAGAGAAGAAACAGACUUGCCUCUGGUUUUUUGCAUUCACAUUCGCCUAUGAUGUCAUUCGAGCCAUUGCCACUGGAGGAGCUCGACAAAGUGGUUAUGCACAAACUGGCAGUUUCAUUCGCAAGGACAAGGAUAAAGACAAUGACGAAGCGAAUUAA